AUGAGCAACAAAACUAGCACUGUUGUGCCCGCUGGCAAGGUGGCCUUUGUUACUGGUGCGAACGGCAUCAGCGGCCAUGCCAUCAUCGAGCAUCUCAUUCGGACGCCUGAGUCAGAGUGGUCCAAGAUCAUCGUUACCUCGCGGAGACCACUUCCAUCAUCCUGGGUGGACCCUCGUGUCCAGUUUGUGGCCAUCGACUUUUUGCAACCGGCUGAGACCAUUGUGAACGCAAUCAAGACCAUUUGCAAGGAUGUCACGCACGCCUAUUUUACCUCCUAUGUCCAUUCCAUGGAUUUCUCCAUUCUGGCCGAGAAGAAUUGUCCUCUUUUCCGGAACUUCCUGGAUGCCGUCGACUCAGCCUGUCCCAAACUCGAACGCGUCUGCCUUCAAACCGGCGGUAAACAUUACGGAAUGAUGUUCAGAGAGCUUUCCACUCCAUUCCAUGAGGAUACCCCACGGUACGAGGGCCCGGGAUCAGAGUCGAUCUUUUACUAUGAGCAGGAAGACGACAUGAUGCGGGUGCAAAAGCGACGCAACACAUGGCACUACAAUGUCAUUCGUCCCAUGGGUAUCAUUGGUUACACCCCUCAAUUCAACGGCAUGAAUGAGGUUAUCCCUAUUGCUCAGUAUUUCCUCAUCUGCAAAGAGCUUGGUGAAACCCCAAAGUGGCCAGGAAACUUGCGCAACUACCAUCGUGUCGAAGACCAAUCCUAUGCUCCUAGCAUUGCCGAUCUCACUGUGUGGGCGACAACCCAAGAGCACUGCAAGGAUGAGGCGUUCAACCACACCAACGGAGAUGUCAUUUUGUUCAAGUUCUUGUGGGCCCACCUCGCAAAAUACUUCAACGUCGAAGUCCCAAGCUACUCGGACAUGCCUGACAAGGACCAGCCGGAGCUGGACCUGGUGGAAUGGUCUCGUGGCAAGGAAAAGGUGUGGGAUGCUAUUGUGGCCAAGUACGGUGGCCGAGCCGACUGCUUCCAAACCGAGGGAUUUGCCAUGCUGAACUGGGGAUUCAAUCCAUCCAUUAACAUCAGGAGCCCCUUCAUGAGCACGGUUGCGAAAGCACGAAAGUUUGGCUGGAACCGCAUUGACGACUCCUACGAGGCUUACGAUCGCUCGUUCCAAUCCUACGAGAAUACCGGCAUUCUCCCUUGCUCCCGUCACUAUCAAUGA